UACACCUUCUUCCCAUCUUGGGUGGUUCUCGUGCACAACCUCCUCUCACUCUCCAGACAGGAAUCCCGCGCUGUGGUGAGAGGUCUGAUGUCAGACCUCAGCUCUCACAGCCCUGCAAGACAAGUGCGCUGAAGACUUCUGAGGAGCCCAAAGACUCACUAGACCCCAUCAACAGACAUGGAGGAAAAAACAGACGUUGGAUCGGCUGCAGUGACCAGUGAGGAACUGGCUGCUAUUGAAGAUGAAGAGGUUCUCAACAAGAUGCUGGACGACGCAACAGAUUUCGACCAGAGACGAAUGAUUCGUGCUGCAUUAAGGGACUUGCUGAAGAAAAAGAGAGAUAAACGGGAGCAGGAGCGAGGGUCAAGGCAGCAGGACCUGAGGCAGCAGGGCCUCGGCAAAGGAGCGAAGACAGGCUCAGCAGUUAGCACAGGCAGAGCGUCCAUGAACCAGCAGCCGUCAAUAAAUAAACCGACAGGUCAGUCCUCUCCAUCAGCCUCCACUCCCUUCAACAGGACAGCAGGCAGCACAACCAGUCCUGCUGCAGCCCCGGUCGAGAAAUGUCCUGCUGCUGCUGCAGUACCCAACGCUAAAAAUGUCAAACAGAUGCUUCUGGAUUGGUGCAGGGCCAAAACAGAGCCAUAUGAGGGGGUGAAAAUCCAGAACUUCUCCUCAAGCUGGAAAGACGGUAUAGCCUUUUGCGCCUUAGUGCACCGGUUCUUCCCCGAUGCGUUCGAGUACUCCAUCCUCAACCCCAACAAGCCCAGGGAAAACUUCCAGCUGGCUUUCAACACUGCAGAGAGGCUGGCCGGCUGCCCCCCUCUGCUGGACCCUGAUGAUUUAGUCCGGAUGAAAGAGCCCGACUGGAAGUGUGUGUACACGUACAUCCAGGAGUUUUACCGCUGCCUGGUGGAGAAAGGCCUGGUGAAAACCAAAAAGCGGCCGUAGACUCCCUGCAUGACUCGAUGUGAUUUCAAUCGAAACACACAUUAUAGCACAAGAUGAGGUCAAAAGAUUAUAUCAUGCACUCUUGUCAGUUUGCCAAGAGGGGAAAAGGUUAAGUGUUCGAUGUGUUCAGCUCUGAUGCCCCAUACGAACAUGAAUGCAAAGUGCCUAAUGUGUGUGUGUGUGUGUGUGUGUGUGUGUGUGUGUGUGUGUGUGUGUGUGUGUGUGUGUGUGUGUGUGUGUGUGUGUGUGUGUGUGUGUGUGUGUGUGUGUGUGUGUGUGUUUGUGUGUGUUAGCAGGGACUUAUGGUUGUCUGUGUGCUCUCAGUGGACAGCUGGUGCUUAGGAUCAGUACAUUCCACUGAGAUUACACAUCUGCAUUAAUCCCAGUCAGGGCCAUGGAGAAUCUGGGAACAAAUGUUACGAUGAUGCCCUAGAGGGCCAAGACAGAUUUAAUACGUAUCCAUUCCAUUAUUACACAGUUUUUCUUGAGAAAUCAGAUGUUAUGUUCAUGGAUAAAUUCAUAAUUCAUAAUAUAGUCAGAAAAGUACAUUGGAGGGAAUAGAUGGUGUUGUUUUAUUUUAAACAUAUCCACCAACACCUUGUGUGAGUGGUUUAAAUGUGUGGUGAAUGAAUAUGGGAUGAAUGAAUGGGCACUCCACUAACAUGGUGAAUAAACACAGCCUGAAAAAAAAUGUUUUUGUAAUUCCACUUUCCAGUUUUGUCCAUUUUAUGAAGUUUUAUGUGUCUAUUGUUGUUGAGAGUCUGAUAAUGACCCUUGUGAUGUCAUCAGGGGGUUUGUCCUGUCUUGCAAACCUUUCUGAGGCCCACAACUUUAUUUGCUGGAAUGCUCCUGUAAUAGGGCGGCUUCAUGAAAUUACUGCACCAGCUUCUCUCGACACAGACUCAUGGACAUAUGCAUAGCUUACAAUGAAAACCUGCUCAAUAACUUAUUAUUUUAAGACUUUUAAUUAUAAAUAAGCAGAUCUUAAAAACACUUGUGUAUAUUGAGUAGAGCCACCCCUUGUGAUGCAAACCAUGCAUUGCUCACCAUAUUGACAUGAUGCUUACAAAAUGUACAUUUAAUGAACAUACUUUCAACACGAUCUCUGCAAAAGGUAAUUUUACAACUUACUGGCACAAAUGCAAAUAAACGACUGAUUGUUUUAUUG